CGCAUGCGCAGUGUGGCCCUGAACGACUGAGUCAGCGUUGGGUUUUGCAGGUCAGGAUUGACAAUAAAGGUCUCAGAGGAGAGAACAGGUUUGCACCAGGUUUUGGGUAACGUCUGUGUGAAUAAGCGAGGAAGAUGAACGUGUUUGAUCGCAACGUUAACUUUGACGCUCUCUUUAAAUUCUCUCAGAUCUCACGCUCCACUCAGCAUCACCUGAAGAAUGUGUACGCUAGUCUGGCGCUGUGCAUGUUCGUGGCAGCGGCCGGCGCGUACGUUCACGUCGUCGUGCGCUUCUUUCAGGGUGGGCUGCUGUCUGUUCUGGGCUCUCUGGCCAUGAUGGCCUGGCUCAGCCUGACCCCUCACAGUCCCCAAACUGAGAAGAAGCGACUCGCUAUACUCGCUGGAUUUGCUUUCCUCACAGGGGUUGGACUCGGACCUGCAAUGGAUUACGUCAUCAGCAUCAACCCCAGCAUCAUCAUGACGGCUUUUCUGGGCACCGCAGUUAUCUUCAUCUGUUUCACUCUGAGUGCUCUGUACGCUCAGCGCAGGAGCUACCUCUUCCUGGGAGGUACCCUGAUGUCGGGACUCUCGAUCCUGCUGCUGGUUUCUGUGAUCAACAUGUUUGUCGGCUCAGUCGUGCUCCUGAAGGCUCAUAUGUACAUCGGUUUGGCCAUCAUGUGUGGAUUUGUUCUGUUUGAUACCCAGUUGAUUAUUGAGAAAGCAGAGAUGGGAGAUAAAGAUUAUAUCUGGCACAGUGUUGAUCUGUUCUUGGACUUUGUGACUAUCUUCAGAAAGCUCAUGAUCCUGCUGGCUAUGAAUGAGAAGGACAAAAAGAAAGAGAGGAAAUGAGCUCAGCUUUGUUUGAAAUAAAACCUGUGAGCUGAUUUUGCAUCGUGACUCUUUCCACCACUUCACUAUAAGUCUUAAUUUUAUGAAAGCUGAUAAAGGUUAUACUGCAGAAUAAUCCUGACUACAAUAUUCUGGAUUCAAAAACAAAUGUGGAAAAAAAAAAUUUGAAUUUAUUUUGGGGGGAAAAAUUAAUGUUAGUUUUUCUUUGACUUUGUGAAAUGUGAUGUUGAAUAAUAAAGAACAAACAGAUUUAACAAAAAAUUGUAAAUAUGUGAGAAAUUUGACUACAAAACUUGCAAUUACAGGUAAACCUUUUUAAAUUUAACAUUACUUUUAUAUAUCUUACAUUUUUUGUUUUCCAAGUCUCCCUUCUAAUAUAAAUUAAUAUUUCUUUCCUGCGUUUAUUCUUUGAAUUGUAAUAUUUGAAUUAUUAUUGUAUUUGAAUUAUUAUUGUAUUCAUUAUUAUUAUUUUAGCUGCUGUAGAUGCCAAAACUAUAAUGAUCUUUACUUUGAUGUUAAGAAGAUUAAUCAUGACUUCUGAUUGAGAUGUAGCUCCUGAUCUAGGCGUUUGAGUGCCGAGUUCUCUAUAUUUAAUGAUUCUUCUCUACUGCCAAUUUCUUUGCCAUAUUUUAGGAUAAACAAACAAUAAACUGUGAAUUAAAGUAAAGAAA